AUGGGAGAACCCUUCGGCCGCUGGAGCAACCCCCCAUCCCGCAACGAAUACGAUGACAGCUCUGCGCUCCGACGGUCCAACAGCUUUGCCCGCCCCAGUGGGAAAAGCAUCUACAACCAGCGCAAGGACUACGGCCAGACCCUGCUCAAUCCCCAGAGCCAUUUCCAGCACCACGUCGAGCACCUGCUCACGGUGCGCCUGGAGAGGGACAUCCGUAGCACCGAUGACUGCCUGGCGCACCUGAAGGUGCUGGAGGCCCAGGGACGGGUCUGGGGGCAGGAUCUCAUCCUGCAAGUCAAGGACCAGGAAUUGGUGCUGAGGGAUGUGGAGAGCAAGGAGGAGCUGGAGUCUUACCCCCUGGGCAGCGUUCAGGGGUGCUCGGCCGCACUGGACGUCUGCGGCUACAACUCGGUGUUGGCCAUCAGCGUGCAGGAGCGGAGCCCCCCGGGGAGCAGCGUCCUGCUCUUCCAGUGCGACCAUCUGGGGGCAGAGACGCUGAAGAGCAGCCUGGAGAAGCUGGUGAAGCAGUGGAAGGAGGAGCAGAGGAGUCAGCACGGGCAUAGGAGCAACCUGGACAUGCCGCCGAGCCUGGUCCCCCCGUACGCGCAGGGUCCCUCCGCGGCCCCGGAGCGGUGGGCAGAGACCCCCGAGCCCGACUUCCCCGGGCCCCCCCGGCAUGGGCUGCCCUCCUCGCACUACAGCUUGCCGGACACCCAGCAGAUGCCAUGGACCAACCCCCCGGGCCAAGUCAUGUCCAACGUGGACCGAGAUGUUGAGGUCCUCAACCACGUGCUGAGCGACCUGGACCUCUUCGUGGUCCGGCUGAAGACAGCCCUGGGCUUGGUCAACACCGCCAACCUGAAGAAGAGGAAGAAGAAGAACAAAGGUCUGCCCACCCAGGGUGACUACACGGACUUCUUCCAGAAGGUGAAAUACGCCCUCAACCUCAUGGGAAAGACCCACUGGCACGUGCGGGAGCCGGAUCCCUCCGAGCUGCUGCAUCUCAUCUUCACGGCCCUCUCCUUCGUGAGUGCCCCCAAAAUCAGGUCCCAAUCCCCCACCCAGGGAUAUGGGGGGUGCUGCUCCAUCACCGCCCACCCGGAGCAGGUCCUGGACCACUGCCCCAACCCCAGCCUGGCCCGGGCGGUGGAGGCACCGCUGCUGGUGCCGGAGGCGGUGGAGCUGCUGGAGAAGACCCUACACCAGGGUGACUACAGCACCUGGAAGAGCCUCGGCAUCGCCUGGAACAAGACCAGGGCAGAGUACCCCAACGGUGAGCUGGUGCCCCGCUACAUCCCCGUCUUCUCGGACGGGUGGCUGCCCCCUCCGAUGGAGCAGUCGCCGGCCACCGGCUGGAGGGACAACCCCGGCCAAGCGGCCCCCUUCCCUGCCCAGGAGCUGGUGCGAGCCCUGUACGAGUUCCAGGGCAGGAACCCCCAGGAGCUGAGCGUCAGGAUGGGGGACAUACUGCAGGUCCUGGACCAGCGGAAGAAGUGGUGGCUGGUGCAGGACGGCCGGGGGGAGAAGGGCUACGUCCCCAGCAACGUCCUGGAGCCCCUGGGGCAGGGGUAUGGCAGGGGGUGGCACAGCCCCAGCCAGGACAGCCCCCCCAACCUGCACCCCGACUCCUCACCGGCGGAGGUGACAGCCUGGCUGAAGGACAAGGGCUUCUCGCGGAUCACGGUGCGGUGCCUGGGGGUGCUGACGGGGCACCAGCUUCUGCAGAUGAACCCGGCGGAGCUGCGGGCCGUCUGCCCCGAGGAGUGGCGACGAGUCCUCUUCAAGCUCUCCUCCGUCAGGACAUCCCUGGGGGUGAGGGACCCCCAGCCUCGCAUGGGCCCCAGGGAUUGA